AUGCUCUCCGUGGGUUCGGUAGAGCCAUCCCAGCAUGCAAGUCGUGAUAUGCCCGCGUGGGUUUGGGCUCCCGCCUCGAUGCCCCCCGCGGGCAGCAGCAGUCACGCCGGCGGCGCCCAUGGAGCUGCGGCGGUCGGCAGCACGGGUCAUGGCACGGAUGCGAGCGCAGCGAACGGCAGUGCGCCUCCCAGCAGCGCACCGCUCCCGUCACCCUACUGGGACAUGGGCAUGCCUAUGGAACGCACGGCGCACGGCCAGUCGCCGUCUCGAUACAUGAUGUACCGCAGCGCCGCACCAUCGGACUUGUUCCCCCCUCCUGCCUCAUCGAUGAUGCCCCCGAUGCCUCCCCCUCACGCCAUGUAUCCUCCUCACGCAGUAGCUGCGCCUUUCGCUCUUCCUAUGCAUCCUGAUCCCGCCGCUCUGGCCCGCUCGUCCGGUGCCGCACCCAGCGGCUAUCCCCUGCUGUCCUUCGGCGCCGCGGGCGGCGCCUAUCCCUACGUCGAUGCGCAGUCCAUGCCGAUGCUCAUGCAAGUCCCGCCUGCCACCGCUGCUACGAUGGCGUCGCAGUACACGGCCUCGAUGCCAGGCCCGGGGACGGCGCCGCCGCCGUCUGUGCUGGAAGCACGCACCGAUGCCCUGUCCGAGACAUGGGGCACGUUGGCGCCCACGCCCGCGGCGACCGCCAACAUGGAGGAUCUGCUGGCGCUGUCGCGGCAGGCGCAAAUGGAGGCGGAUGGCGGCCCGAAUGCCAAUGUGUUUGUGUGUCCGCACUGCGAAAAGCGGUAUGUCGGCAAGCAUGCACGCAGCAUUUGGCGGCGCCACUUGCAGGACAAGCACGCGAUCCCCCUGAGUGUCCAGCCGCGCCGGACGCGCUGGGACCGGGACGUGAAUCGGCCGCGCAAUGCUGCCGAGCGCCGUGAGCGCAUGCUGGAAAGCAAGCGUCGCUGGGCGCGCAAGAAACGCGAGCAGGAGCGGCGUUCCGCGUCAGCCAGUCGAUCGAAUAGCGUGGCGCUGUCCAAGUCGGAGGUCGCGACGAACGCGUCCGGCACGCCGACGCCGAGCGAGCCCGACUCGGAAGGACGCGAGCCAUCUGUCAAGGUCGAAGAGGUGGCGCCCGGCAAGACGACGACUCAGCGCACCGCCCUCGCACCCUUCGAUACCAAUGUCCCGAUGCCGCCGCGCGUGGCCGAGGCCAAGUCUCCCAGCACGCUGGAUGGCACGAAGCUGUUCAUGCCGUCGCCGCUGCAGUCUACACCCAUGCGCAACGCUUUUACGCAUCCCCGUGGUCUCUUUGCGAGUCCCUCCGAGGCGCGGCCUGCGCCUGACUCGGUGCGGCGGCUCAUGCCCUUUCCUCCGCCCUCGCUCACGAAACGCACCCCCUUUUCGCGUAUGGAGCCGUCGCCGCGCUCGACACUGCAUGCUCCGCGCCAGAGCCACUUUGAUGCACCCUUGAGCCCCUCGGUGCGCUCGUUCCGUGCACCUCGAGCUGGUGGCGACCAGUUCUCGAGUCCGCAGCAUCUCAAUUUGACGCAGAGUUUGGGCCUGGCGCCGCAGUCGGCCAGCCGGGGCGGUGGCGCCACGUUUGGGUCCAUGUACGCGGCGUCGAAUAUGACGCCGAUGGGCGCGGGCGGCACGCCAUUCGGACGCAUGCCCAUGGGCUUCACCCCGACGAUCAACGGCCUCCUUCGCGGCGGCAUCGGCGAUGUGUCGGGCCACGGCUUCCUGGGCGGUGGCGAUCUGAGCAUGUUCGGCCUUACGGACUCGCCCCACAUCCUUCGCAGCAGUGUGCGUCGCUCGCCCAAGCGGUCGAGCGGCAUCACGUCGUCAUUCCAGUCGAGCUCGGAGCGCGAUGACGACGACGACGACGAGCCCGAGAACAGCAUGCGCAUCAUCUCGCCGUCUGUGCGUCAGCGCGUACGUGGCCAUGCCAAGCGGCCCAGCCACGACACACCAUCCAAGGUCGGUACUCCGCUGCGUGGUGCACGCGGCAGCGGCCGCCUACGCUCUACGCCGCGGCACUCGACCACGCUCCGAUAA